AUCAAAAACCCAAAAAAACUGCCUUUAUUCGGAAAAUCUAAAACCCUAAUCGGCCGGUCUCUGUCUACUGUCUCUCACAAUGGCGUCUGCGGGCAAAAGGCGAUUGUCUAUAUCCAACGCCAGCAGCGACGACGCAGGGAUCAUCACGCGAUUCACUCGCAGCGUAUCGGACUCUCAGAUCGUUGACACGACAAAACGGGCGGCGGGGGACGCGGCGGUCGUGGCCAAGAAGCUGCUGAAGAGCACCGGGAAGGCUGCUUGGAUCGCAGGGACAACGUUCCUGAUCCUCGUGGUACCCCUCAUCAUUGAAAUGGAUCGCGAGCAGCAGUUCAACGAGCUCGAGAUACAGCAGCAGAGCCUCCUCGGUCCCCCGCCACCGGCCCAAGUCCAGCUUCCAAAGUGAACUCUCGAUCUCUCAGCUGAAGACGAGACAGUUACAGGUUAGGGGAAGGACCCUUUGCCUUUGAUUUGAAAUUUCACUGUGAUUUCGAAUUUCUAUGAAAGGAUGUUGAGUUAGGGUUCCAUUAUUUGAGCGAUUCAUGUAGUUUUUAAAUAACUCUCUUGAAUUAUCUACUUGUGAUGAUUGUGGAUUGAAGGUAUUCGAAUUUAAUUUGUCGUAGUUAAUCUAA